CGAUGGUAAACCACAAUAUAAAACACAGUCACCGCUCUCGCUUGUCGACGCUUCGGCAGGGAACUGCAGUUGACCUGUUCGCAGUCGUGACGUGUAGGUUUCGUCGACGAUGGUGAAGGUGACAGAGCCGGCACUGCAGUACCUGGCUCACAAUAUCGGUAUUUCCGGUUUCAAGUACCUGCUUGGCCCGGACGCCACCACAGCAAGGAGAUUGACAUGGUUGUUAGUGAUCAUUGCCGCCGUGUGUUGGAUGGUGUGGAACAUCCAUGGCCGCCUCGUCUACUACCUCACCUACCCAACCUCCCUUGACACCCAGAUCCACUACCAGGAUGCUGUGGAGUUUCCCAAGAUCACCAUCUGUAACCAGAACACCUUCAGGUCCACUCAAGUGUUUAACGAGACGGAUGGUUCCCAAAAAUCACCGACACUGUAUGAAGCUCUAAACCAGUACCAUCGAGUCAGAAGUGGAAACAAGAAAUUAAACCAAUUGUCUGACAAGUAUGAUGACCUACUCUCCUCUGCCGGCAGCUUGGAUUUCUUGAAGAAAAUGGCGCACAAGAAGGAAACACUAUUGAAAGGGUGUAAAUGGAAGCGUCUGCCCUGUGGACCGGCUAACUUCUCAACAGUGAUGACUGACCUUGGUGUAUGUUUCCAGUUCAAAGCGGAUGACAAGGAGACACCACUCCAAGUGGACACUAGUGGCCACCAGAGCGGCCUCAGCCUCUCCCUUAUGGUUGAACAGUAUGACUACAUGGGUGAAUCACGUGACUCGGCUGGAGCCGUUGUUGUCAUUUCCGCUCCCGAUGAGACCGAGGCUUUUGCUGAUUCCACUGGUUUCGGGGUAACAGUGGGGUUCAGUACAGCUAUAGGCCUGAAGAAAACCAGGGUCCACGACAUGCAGGCGCCUUAUGGGACAUGCGGGAAGACAACUCUGCAUGAAUUCCCCGAGGACACAGAGUACACUCCCCUGAGAUGUCGGCUAAAUUGUCUUACGUCACACAUCAGGGAAAAGUGUGACUGUGUGGAACUAUACAUGCCAAACAAGCAUGGCAGGCCCUACUGCAGUCUUCUCAAGCAGCUACAGUGUGUUGACAGGACGAAGAGGACAUUCUUCAGUAGCGGGAUGACCAAGCACUGCGAUUGUCCAUUCCCCUGCCAGUCAGAACACUUCUCCAAGAUUCUGUCUCAAACUGCCAUUUCUCGCCAGUAUGCUAACAGGCUGUCCCUGGCAGACGAAGCAAUGUCGGAGUUAACACCAAGCUCCCAUGAGCAACCAUCUCUGACUGACGUUAAUGAGGCUCUAAAAGUCCAGAUCUGGGGCUUGCUGAACGACCUUGACCCUGCCUACACUGAUCUCCUGGCCGUCAUGGCUGACAAUGUACGCCAGCAGCGCCGGAGGCUGGUAGAUCUCGAGCGUUCACUCGUAACGUUUUCAGAAAAUGCUGCAACAUUGUUCAGUAAUGCCAGUGUAGAAGGAGUCGUCAAUGACCCGGAUGAAAAACUUACCCCAAUGAUGUAUGCGCAUUCGAUAACCAACUAUCUGAAAGAAGUCCCAGGACGACUCAUCAAAGGUUCCCACAAUGUGUCAUUCUGGCCCACAAAUGUAUUAAAUUGGGGUUUGGAAACCACGCUUGCGAAUGACGCCGUACAGGAACCAAAGCUACAGUUUAAACGAAUAGAAUUAAUGCGGGGCGUUGUUCAAGUUUACUUUAAACAAAUCCGAAAACAUCUUGAAGAUGUGAACUCCUGGGUGCAGACGAUCAACAAGCAGUCACGUGACGGCUCCUCUACGCCGAAUACUCUCGGGGGUAUGAGUCUCUCUCAGAUGCACUACAAUGACGUUGUGGGUUACAUGAGGAAGAUGCUGCGUCUGAUUCAGACGUUGGGGACUUACAUGGUGCAGUUCAAAAACAUGCCGUCAGUCACCCACCUGGUCCACCUUCAACAGCCGCUGUACACCUUUCUACAACCUUCUUUUUAUCAAGACAACGUCCUGAACGUGAACAUCUACUUCGAGGACCUGAGCGUGGAGGAAAGGGUCAAGUCUGAGGCCUACUCCGUGGAAGGGCUCGUGUGUGACAUUGGCGGAAGUAUCGGGUUAUGCCUGGGCGGAAGUAUCCUCACCCUAAUUGAGGUCGUUGACCUCAUACUCUUCUCAAGGAAGAGGAAGAAAGCUGACUCAGAUACUAUGCCAGGCACCAACAUGGAAGGCCUCCCACAGAAGCAGGCUCUAUCAGUCAUCUAAACCGGCAAGUGCAGGGAGUCCAACUGAUGUUGAACUGAGUGAGAACAUCAAGCAUGUUAAGCGAACCACUGAUUUUCCGUGUGGAUCCGAGACAUAUAUUUUCGAGAAAAAAGAACCAGCUCUCCAGCUAAGGGACACAACUCUGCAGUGUAAGCUCCAAGGCAUCAGACCGCGGCAUCACGUUGUCACUGUCCAGAGAUAUUGUUUUAAUUUGUUGCCCAGUGCCAGUGUAAUUGUUGUAAUAAAUGU